AUCUGCAUGAUAAACAUUUUAUACACAUACAUGUGUGCGUACACAUGCUAUAUAAAUACAAAUUUCCAAUGCUUUAAUUUUACAGUGCGAUGAGUAAUUUUACAAAAUUUAUUUGCACGAUUUAUAACAAUCCAAGCAAAUGCCUGAAGAAAUCAUGAAAUUAUUUAAAUCAGCGGUGUUCACAAUCGUCAAUAGUUACAUCCACUGCUGAUAUACUAUUCCAAGUAAGUUACUCUUCUUUUUUCUCUCAUGUCUUUUCGAUUCUCUGGUCUUCAGGCCCCGCCAUUCGUGCAGCGUUCAUCUUCAGAUGUCCGCGGCGUCUUUGCUAUUCCGCAGCCGCAUCAGCGAGCACUUCCAUAGAAAACGGAAGAAGAAAACGAGGAUUUAUUAUGUGUAAUAAUUAUGUUACUCGUGAUGCGUUUUCCACGCGAUGGUUCACUUCCUUGGACUGUCAGCCGCAGUUACCAAGAAAUACGCGACACCAAAAGAAAACUCCUCGUGCAAUCGGCACGCACGCCCAGCAUGACCGCGCGUUCGAAGUAACCACGGUCGUCACAUAAAUAUGCUAAAAUCCUUUUGUGACUCGCGAUCUAUCAACCACAAAAUCAACAAAGCUGCCAUCCCUCACUGCGCUCCUGGCUGCGUCGCCCCUAUUGUACUGCAUGUUCCGACAGUUUGAAAGAAAGCGACAUGAAUCGGCGAACUGCAGAUCUACGCUUAACGAAUUAAUUGCGUAAUCGAUGAUGUUUAUUUCAUAUCGAUUCGGAUAUGCAAAUAAACAAAAGAACUGUUUCUUCUAAAAAUAAUGUCUAUUUGCAGAACCUCUCCGUCAAUCCAAAUAAAAUUGCACAAAAACUGGAAUUAUGACGGGUUUACAUAAGCGUAUUUGGUAAAGAGAGAAGUUAUAUUACUAAUUGCAUAUUUCAAAAAAUAUUACGUAGGGACCUUUCAUUCUUUAUUCUUUAUUUAUCGAAUUGAGCGUUAUAUUCUCAUCUCCGUCGUUUUUAUCGUAACCAAUUGGAACUCCAUUGAUUGCGAUGCAAUUGCGAAAACUGACCGCAGCACUCAACGGUGAUAAUAUCUUUGUUGAGUUUAUACCGAACUGUCGCGCCAACACACGCGCGCUUUUCGCAAUAAACGCCGCUGGCGCGCGUUUGCGCUGCGUCAGUCUAGUACCGGGGAAGCGGAAGAAAAUCACGGUGACGAUAUUGCGCCGGCAGACUGUCGGUUGGACGGACGAUCGGCUCUUCGCCGAUUCGUUGUUACAACUUGUCGAGUAACCGCAGGACACGCGUUCACGGGUUCGCGUAGUCAGUCAGUCAGUCAGUCAGUCGGUAUCAGUGCGAGGAGGUCCAUCGGAAAGCCAGUAUGUACGCGUCGGGACCGUCCUGCUACGUCGCGCUGGUCCUACUGUGUUUUGCCUCGUCCGUCUUCGGCCGUCCGACGACGGGGGUGGUUUAUCGCACGGACAGGCCGAGGAAGUGCUGCGACAUCGGUUACGCGUUCAACGAGGACCUGGAAUGCGUUCAUGUGGACCCGGACAGGAUCAACUACACCACCUUCGACGCUUGGAGGACACUAUCGUCGCAGCGCUCACGGCAGGCCACCGUGAUCUCGUCCGUGCAGGGGUUGAACUGUCGCGUUCAUGGCGCUGGCUGGUACCCCGUACGUCACCCGUCGCGCGUCCCCCGGCUCCGCGUAUCAAGGGACUAUUGUGUCGAGAACAUGAUCAACGGCACGGCGGUAUUGGCCGAGUGUCCCAGUCAAGAGAUCAGCGUGACACCGGAUACCGGCAGCUCUGCGGAAUCGAUGGUGGUGACGAGAACGACGACCACCACGACGACCAUCGUUACUGUCACGACCAUCACCACGACUAUCACGACGAGGAUGAUGAUUAACGAUGUGUCGUCGUCGAACGUGUCGUCGAACACGUCGUCGAACUUGACGGACGGCGAUCACAGGGAGGUGUAUCGUCACAGCAACGGUCUGAGCACAGUGUACUUCUGGGGCGCGCAGACCUACAUGGACACCAACCUGGCGCACGUUGUCCUCUGCAGCAUCGUCGUCGCGGUGUACCUGCUGGCGCGAGACCUGGGCAAGAGCAUCUACAAUCGCGCAGUGCUGCGUCAUAACGUCUGCCUGCUGCUGCAGGGUUGCAUCUUGCUGUUCUUCGGCUACUGCGACAUCUGCGACUGCCUGAUCAACGUCGACGUCGCCGUAUUUCUCUGGAUAGUGCAGCAGUACUUCACGAACGCUACGGUCUUCUGGCUGAACGUGAUCUGCAUCGACAUGACCCUGUCCAUCACGCGGUUUCGCUGGCUCGUGGGAUCCGGCCAGCGGACCGUCCAAGAGGAGAACAGGCGAUUCCUGUUGUACGGCGCGUUCGCCUGGGGCGGCGCCUUCAUUCCGGCCCUCUUCGCCUUCGUCUUGGAAUUCUAUCCCGGAAUACCCGAGGAUUUCCCGCUCAAACCGAAUUACCGUCGUUAUCGCGGCGGUCCGAACUUCAUGGUGAUCAUCUACUUCUUUAGCCUGCCGUUGCUGACGCUCUUCUGGAAUAACGUGCUGUUUGUCUUCACCACGUACAAGAUCGUACGGAUACAGCGCAGCACGGAAAUCGCGACGCGGAAUCAGACUAAUGCCCUCAGGAAAAAGUACUUUCUGUUCCUGCAAAUGUACCUGUUGAUGGGUGCACCGUGGUUCUUCGGCUUGCUUCUGGCGUGCAUGAACAAACUAGUGGUGUUGAAGAUAUGCCGGCUGAUAUGGCCGAUAAUUUGGCUCCUGAUGCUGGCUACUCAGAAGAAGCUGCUGCGAAGGGUCAUGAAUAAGUUGCGAUGCGUCAUGAAGACGCGGGAGGCUAGCACGACGAACUCAUAGAUACUUCUACUCGCUCUCGCGAUUAAAUUCACAGUCAUUGUUGCGCCUUUAGGCGUUGAAAAAUGUAAACGCAACGAAUCGGUCUCGAUCAACGUCAGUCGCACGACGGUGGCAAGACGGGAGAGAAAAUCGGGGAACGUCCGUUUGUCGUCAUUGUUGCGUAAAUCGCGACGUUGAUGGCAAAGUUCCUCUUGCUCAUCGUUGCACUCGCGCGCGGAUCAUUUGCAUUCUUCUCUUGCGCAACCCAUAGGAAACCCCCUCAGUUAAGGAAAAAAAAAAAGAGGAGACGGAGCCGACGAUGAGGCGCGCGUCGCCGCAAUAUCCGAUACCGCGGCGAAUCGCGUUCGGAAAAACUCCGCGUCCGCGGGAAUUGCGCCGAGGCGAACGGAUAAUAAAGGAGUCGGCGCGACGUCGUUUCCUGCCGGGACGCGUUUUAAUCACCGUAUUUGCGACGCGUCACCGCUCACCGCCGCGUGCCUGCAUCGCGUUUUUUUUUUAAUGACGAGUAUAGAAUAUUAACUCGUUAAUAUUUAACGCGCGUGGGCGAUAUAUCGAAAAGCGGACCAAGCGUAUGUUUCACGACGAUCUCGCGCGAACGGGAACGUAAUUCGUCAUUUGCACAAGAAAGAUUAUCUCGUAUGUAAUAAAUAAAAAUAUAAUUGAAAUGCGCCAGAUGCUUUUUUAUCGUAUAUUUUUUUGUAUCCAGUAUUAGGUGGGCGAAAGCUCCCAUCGCAGGUUGUAAAUAUCGCGGAUAUAGAAAUGCCAGUAUCUAGUCAAUGGGAGAAUAGAAUCAAGUCAAUUAACAUGUAUAAAUACAACUUGCCAGAAGGAAAUUACCUUGAAUUGCACGAGAAAUAGCGUAAUAACUCUGAAACAGCGUAAUAACGACUGCGAGGAAUCGAUAGGUAAUAGCCUACGAGUCUACGAUUUAUUAAAGGCGUAUAUUGAUUCGGUGUCCUUGCAUGCGGCGCAAAACGCAAAAAAAGGAUCAUCAUAGUUCUCUAGAGACUACUGCAAUACCACAGAUAAGUAUUUCUGAGAAUGUGAUAGAGGAUAUUAUGUGUGAUAUGUAGGAUAGAUAAGAUUGUAUGAUAACUAUAGUUUCUAGCUCGUGCUACUAGUAUUUAGACACAGUAGUGUAUUGUUAGUAGUGUAUUAUUAGUACAAACAUAACUACUUGUCGCAUAUGUUAAAUUGCAAUUUAUAUUGUACAUGGAAAAACCUGAAUAUUUUUAAAAGGAAAAAAGACAUUUAGUCAGCGUUACUCUCUUAUUUAGAAUGCAAGAACACGAGUUGAAGAUAAAUUUGUCGGAAAUAGCGGAAAAAUGUUCAGCGCACGUGAACUCAGGGAAUUUGUCAGGACGGAAACAUCCAUGACGAAUAUUUAUAAAGAACUGGCUGUAAAUAAUUAAAAAAUGUACAAAUAAAUACAAACAUAUUUAAUUUAAAUAUA